UACUCGCGAGCGCGGGGCGGAGGCGCGGGUGCGCGCACGUGCGCUGAACGGAGCGACAGUUCGCAAAAAUUCUAAUCGAGUUCGAAUCGGUCGCGAGGCGCAUCGCGGCUCCAACCGACCCUCCUACUCAAUCACGCGCCCCGGUGCGCGCGGGGCAGCACGCGGACCGACCGUUAAGAAUAACUGCUCCGAGGAUUUCACCUCCCGAACGGAUUUUAACUUAAUAAAACAAUAAAAAAUAUGUUCUGACAACAUUUGAAGACGUUCCUAACGAACCCCCGGACAUUUUAAACGAGUUGUGUCACAAACAGCGGACAAAUUCGGGAUUAAAAUUAUCUCUGUUUGGCCGCGAUGGACGUGCGGCUGCUGCGCUCGAGCGGAGGAGAGAGUGCGCGAGCUCACCGCGGAGGAUCCGUUCACGCGCGGAAACGAGCGAGGACGCAUCUGCUCCUGUAGGUACCGACUUCCUGGAGCUGCUCUAAGGUAGAAAAGCCACAAUGUUCUCUCCUUCACACACAAACCCAGGACUCUUGUUACGGCUGCGUUUCCUCGGUCUGGAUGAAAAUCAGAGAGAGAAAAAAAAGAAGAAGGUGUGGAGUGCUUUGAGAGGUGAAUUGGGAAGGUGGAUCUGGAGUGUGACCAGUGCUAGAACUGGUUCUGGGUUCUGGAAUGAUGGAUCUGAGAUGGAGAUCUACGUGGCUCUUGCAGCUCGUCGUCCUGGUCAUCAUGGUGAUGUUGUCUUGUCGACCGGUGUGCGCUGGUACUCGAACCCUGCGGCCAAGUUCAGGUCCGUACCAGGUAAAGCAGGGCACCUGUGAGGUGGUGGCAAUCCAUCGCUGCUGCAAUAAGAACCGGAUCGAGGAGCGCUCGCAGACAGUCAAGUGUUCCUGCUUCCCCGGCCAGGUCGCUGGUACGACCCGCGCUCAGCCGUCCUGCGUGGAAGCUUCCAUCGUCCUGCAGAAGUGGUGGUGUCAGAUGCAUCCGUGUCUGGACGGCGAGGAGUGUAAGGUUCUUCCAGAUCUCACCGGCUGGUCCUGCAGCACCGGCAACAAAGUCAAAACCACCAAGGUCACCCGAUAGCGGGAACACAGCCGCCCCGCGACUCUAAAGACUCCUCAGAAUGGAUUUGUAUUCUGGGAAAUACGGCCGGUGCCGAGUGGAUUUUACCCUGAGACUUUCCGACUGGGGACCCUGUGUGUGAUCGACUGACGGAAAAAUCAUGGACCAGUUAUAUUUAUAUAUACAUAUAUAUAUAUAUAGACAUGUACUGGAAUUCCAGUGGCUACCAGCAUCACGGACACAGUUCCAGGUCCUGGGUGACGUUCUUUAGCCUAAAAUUCUGAACUGUGGGACGUACAGGACCGAGCACGUCCAUCACGACCGAUCUUCCAUGGUUUAUAAUUAGGAUCGCUUGUAGGAUCAGAACAUUGUAGUACAGUAUGUUUGCAGUUGUUAAACGCAUUUUUAAAAACAGGUCUGUUCUUCUAGAUAGUUCCUUUAUAUAACAUAAGAAAUAGAAAACGCCAGUACAGCUUCAGUAGCCCUGUUCAGACAUUUGGACAUUCUUCCUCAUGGUGGUCUCUGUAUAGAUAUAAAGUAAUAUGUACACACACAGUACGGUACGGCUCCAAAUAUUCCACCACGUUAGAUUUACUUUAUUUACAUUCAGUGCAAUGAUCAACUUAAAACCUUGUGAGUAAUUUUGAAGAAAAACUCGUUGUAUAAUAGAAGGGUUGCUCGUUUGAUCACAUGAACACCAAACUCAAAACGGAGAGCAUCAUGAUAUGGAGCAGCUUUUAUAAAAGUGGUACUAGGUAGAACGCACCAUUAAAUGAAGUAUAAACAAAGCAAUAAACAGGACAAAUAAAAGAAGAAGAAAUUAAUUUCAUUGGCAGUGAAUCAAUAAAUCUAGACCAGUGGUCCCCAAGCAGACUGGUACCGAUCCGUGGGUCAUUUAUUACUGGGCUGCACAGAAAGAAUAAAUAAUUAGAGAUCACUACAAAAGCGAUUACAUUUCCAAUACUGUUCGGGUGUCAUUGUCUCCAAUCACCACUAGGUGGGAGCAGCGUCUCGUUGCACUGUAUGCAGAAAUUCUAAACAAGGCCAGCAUAACUCCAGCCGAACACUUACUGCAGCAGAGACAACUACGCUUGGUAGGACGUGUCAUUCGAAUGCCCAAAAAUCGGCUUCCCUGUCGGCUAUUCUACAGUGACCUGGUAGCGGUAUAUGGACCACAUUAAAGCAAUUCUGCUUAAAUGCAACAUCAAACCAUCUAUCUUGGAAGCCAAGGCGGACAGAGACGAGUGGAGAUCCCUAUGCCAGCAGGUCUACGUAACUUUCUAAACGAAUGGUUUGAUGCCGAUCAAAAACGUCGCACAAAGCGUCAUGAGGCCACAACAAUUCCAGAGGUCGGCCCUCGUUGUGCACACUGUAAUAGACCAUGUGCAUCGGACUUUGGCCUUCGCGGUCACCUACGGAUUCACAUGACAAAAACUGAUAAUAAAUGACUACAGUACAUCUACUAAAUCCUCCCGCCCCCGCUGGUCCGUGAAAUUAUAUCUUAUAUGAAACCGGUCCGUGGUGCAAAAAAGGUUGGGGAGCGCUGAUCUACACAACAUAAAUAAAUAAAACCAGGUUAAACACGAGUGCAUGGUGUAGCUGAUCUUCUGAAAUGUGUGGAGGACUGUAAAACUGCAAAUCCAUCUGAGUUCUGUAACCUUAUAAAGAAAUUAAUGAUUUAAAAUACAACCACAAUGCUGCAUAAAUGCUAAUUAUGACUAUAAACGACUCUAAGCUGUAAUUCUCAACAA